AUGGUGCAACCAAACCACCCCACCUCCGAGUGGUCCAGCUUGCAAGACAUCUUCUACCGCCGCACCGAGCUCUACGCGCUCAACUGGGGCAUCGACAAUCUCGCAGACUAUGUCGUUGCCGCCGCCAGCAACGGCGGUCUCAUCGCCCUCGUGCGCGACCCCACUCGGCUCGUCUCGCUAGGCAAGGCUUCACUGCUGAAGCCCAAGAUCCUCGUCUACACCGCAGCAGGCCAACUCAUCGAAAGCAUACCCUGGGAUCCUUCGCUCAGAAUCAUCGCCCUCGACUUCAACGCGCUCGAGCAGCUCGUCGUCGUCCUCGAGGAAGGAAGCGUCCGUCUAUAUACCCUCCUUUCGCCGUGUCCAGCUUCCGUCGACACUUCCGCUGCGCCCACCACCUCUCGCAAGCGCCCCGUCCCCAUCGAAGCUACGUCGAACUCUUACUACACCCAACACUCGCUCGGCAUCGAAGCCACAGAGACCGGCGUUAUCGAUGCUCGCGUAUGGCCAGGCGGCGUCGUCGCUUUCGUCGGUGCGCGUCGCUUCGUCGAAUGGCGCUUCCCCGGCCUCGACCUCGACGCGGAGCAAGGAGAUUAUGCAGGAGCCGUUAGCCUCAGCGGCGGAGGCGAGUAUGGCUUUGUGCUUCCCUCCUUCGACGACGAUACCGUUCAGAUCCCCACUCCGGAGCUGCUUCCGCCAUUCGACCAGUCCAAUUCCAAUUCGCCACAGUCGUCCUCGCUCCCUUCAUCUUGGGCAGUGCUUCCUCCCAAUGUCUCGCAGUCGGGGCUUACCACCGUUCUCAUCGCGCAAGGCCAGACUCUGCUCUCGCUCACCCGCUCCGCAGCCGGUCCCUCUUCAAUAGACACUGCAUGCCAGGACAUGCGCCUCUCCCGCGGGCCUUUCCACGUCGUCCGUCCUUCGCCCAACGGCAAGCUCCUCGCUCUCAUGACCGCCGACCUCGUCCUCUGGGUCGUCAGCUCAGACUUCUCCAGAAGUCUCAGUGAAUUCGACAUUCGUGCCUCCGAAGCAUACAAGGAUGCCUCCCUCGUCGACGAUCCUUUCCAGUCCCUCAAUCCUUCCGCUACAAGCUCGGGAAAAGGUGGCAUCGGCGGCAGUGGCGUGCGCUCGGUACAGUGGUGUGGCAACAACACGCUCGCGCUGGCGUUCAACGACGAGGUCGUCAUGGUCGGGCCGUUCGGAGACUCGAUCCGCUAUCCCUAUGCCGGUCCCACCCACUUGAUCACCGAGGUCGAUGGCCUGCGCAUCAUCGCCUCUGAUCGACACGAGUUCCUCCAGAAGGUCUCGGACGUCUCGGCACGCGUCUUCCAGCCCGGUUCCAACGAUCCAGCCGCGCUCCUCUUCGAGGCGGCCGAACAGUUCAGCGCCAAGAGCAGCCGCGCAGACGAGGGCAUCCGCGCCAUCCGCUCCAGUCUGCCGGACGCCGUCGACACCUGCCUUCGCGCCGCCGCGUACGAAUGGGACCUCUCGUGGCAGAGGCGCCUUCUCAAAGCCGCCUCGUUCGGCAAAAGCUUCAUCGAGCUCUACGAUCCUACCGCCUUCGUCGACAUGGCUCGCACUCUGCGCGUUCUCAACGCCGCACGCAACUACCAGAUCGGCAUCCCAAUCUCGUACGAGCAAUACACUGCUGCGGGUCCCACCGCCCUGCUCUCGCGACUCACGGCUCAGAACCACCACUUUCUCUCGCUCAAGAUCGCCCGCUUCCUGCACAUUCGUCCCGAUCCCAUCCUCAAGCACUGGGCCAGAGCCAAGAUCGCCAGAACCAAGCCGGCUUUGGGUGGCUCGUCCUCGGCUGCUGCUGCUUCCGCUGAGGAGCGCUUGUGCGCAGAUAUCGUACGCAAGUUCAGCAUCGCCACGUCGUUGGUCGAGCGCGUAGGUGAGCUGGGCGGGCCCGAAGACGAUAGCCUUGUCUCUGCCGGCCCAGCCGACGCCGCGCCCGCCUCAAAGGGCGCAGGCUCUGAGGACGCCAACCGGGUGGCCUCGGUGAGCUUUGCCGAGGUCGCCUGGACCGCAUGGAAGGCUGGCCGACGUGAUCUCGCCACGCGCCUGCUCGAUCACGAGGCGCGGGCAAUCGACCAAGUGCCGCUCUUGAUGAACAUGCGCGAAGACAAGCUUGCGCUCGUCAAGGCGAUCGAGUCGGGCGACACGGAUCUGAUCUACCACGUGCUGCUCCGCCUCAAGAACCAGCUGUCUCGCGGCGACUUCUUCCGGAUCGUACAAGCGCCCGUCUCGGAUGCGCUUGUUGCGUUGGGUGCUCAGCCGUCCGCCCAGUCUCGAGGGCGCGCGAAUGCGGAGCUGGCUUCCACACGCCAAUACCUCGCCUUGGCGUCGAACCUGCUCGAGGUGUAUGCGAAGGAGGUCGACCGCGACCUGCUCAGAGACUUUUACUACCAGGACGACCGCAGGACCGACUCGGCCAUCCUCGCGCUCGAAAAGGCCAAUGCGAUGCAAGACGUCUCGGAGACCGAGAUGCCCGACAAGAUCUUCAACCUCAAGACCGCCAUGAAGUUCUUUAGCGAGGACAAAGAAAGAGUGCUCGAGGCCAAGUUGGUGGACGAGCAGAUUCGGCUGCUGGCAUUCCAGCAGGCUCUGGAGAAGGAGGAUGGACACCGUAGCCAGUUUACGGGACUGUCGCUCAACGAGACGAUUCGCCAGCUGCUCUUCCGCAACAUGUCGAAAAAGGCCGACAAGCUGCGAUCCGAUUUUAAAGUGCCGGACAAGAGGUACUGGAACAUCAAGCUCGACACGCUCGCCCAGAGCAAAGACUGGGAUGGUCUGUGGAGCUUUGCCAACUCGAAGCGCUCGCCCAUCGGAUAUACGCCGUUUGUGGUCAAGCUCGUCGAGCUCAACCACGUGCAGGAGUCGAUGCGCUUCGUGCCAAAGAUCCAGGACAAGUCGGACCGAAAUGCCUUCACGUCGUAUCUCUCCCGACUCCCCAGCCAAAUCGUCGCCAACCAGCUGUCGGAUCGAUUCAACGAGUAG